AUGGAUGAAGAUUUGGUUAAUGAGAGAAUUCAAUUAGAGGCUUCUGAGGAUUCACAGCGCCAGACCAAAGAGGAUGAUGUGUAUUCACCGAAAAUAGAUAGCCGAAAGCUUGUAAAAUCACAACAACCACUGGAAUAUAAUGCUAUUCUGCAAGGUAAAAAUCUAGUUGAGGCUGUUAGUGAAGCGGCUACGUCGCAGCAUCCUUAUGCGAUGGUUGAGGAACUAACGGUAAAAAGUUACAACGGUUCGAGCUUUGAUAUUGGUAGAUCAAAUAGUCAAGUGCAAAUGAUUAAUAAUCAACAGAAACAUUGGCAGAAUCUUUAUCAGAUGACAAAUAAUUCUGGAAAUGGAAAUUCAUUAAUUGAUAUUGGGUUGAUAAGUAGUGGCCAGGCUACAUCUAGUGCUUGGGAAGAUAUUGGAUCCACAUCUUUUCCAGAGUUAUUAGCUAGAAAAUCACAUAGUGAUGGUCAGAGCAAUGUCAUUGAACACUUGGCAGCUGCUGAGAGUAAAGAGGGUGCAUGUGAUAUUCAUCGAGGAAUGCGGACAAAAGUAUUAUCCAAAUCAGGGUUUGUUGAGUAUCUUAUUAAAAAUUCAUUGAAGAGUAAGGGUGUUGUACAUAAAGGUCCAUCUUCGGAUCGCUUCUAUGUUCAACCUAAAGAGAAAAAUCAGGUAAAACCUGGCAGUGGUGCAAAUCAGAAUUGGAUUAAGACUAGCAUUGGCGCCAAUCAGAAUGAAAUGAAGACCAACACUGGUAUAGAUCAGAAACAAAUGAAGACUGGUAUUGGUGCUCAGUCAAACUCUAAUAAAUCAGUCAAGUAUGAUUCCAAAACUGCAAACUUUCCGUUUCACAGCGAUGCUUCUGUGCCUAUGUCUAGCAUGUCUGAAUGUGACGGCGUAACAUUGAGAGAAUGGUUAAAAUCUGGCCAGCGCAAAGGAGGAAAAGUGGAAAGCUUUACUAUAUUUAGAAAGAUAGUGGAUUUGGUGGAUGACUCUCACUCUCGGGGAAUUGCAUUGCAUAACCUUUGUCCAUCUUACAUUAAAUUGUUACCAUCAAAUCAGGUCAUGUACAUUGGGUUACCUACUCAAAAACAGACGGCAGACAGUGUUGUAAAUCCUGAAGUUCUUGACUUAGAUAAUUCUUUUAAUAGAAAAAGGGUGUCUGAGCAAGUAACAUCUUCCUCUAUUGAUAUGGAGUCCAAGAAACAAAAAAAUUGA